GAAACAGCAUUGUUUACUUGUUACCAAUGCUAUUCUAUUUUCUCUGUGUGAGAGGAAGCAAUAAUAUCUGCUAAAAUUGAUGAAGUGGUAGAAGUUUGAUGAAAGGGGAGAUUCGAAAGUCCUCAUGGAAAAUGAGAAUGGUAGGCUUGAUUAGGAAAACAUAGAAGGCUAGCAGGGCAAUUUUGGGAGACCUGAAAACAUCAGUGACUUUGGAUUUAAAGUAGAAUCAUGAUUACAUACUUUUUUCCCUCUAUAAUAACACUCAGAAGUUCAGUGUAGGAAAGAAAAGGCAAGUUGUUGAAUUAACAGAAUUUGGCAUGUUCCAGCUCAGGAAAAAAAAAAAAAAGGAAAAUUGUGAGUGAAAUGAUGAACUGUAUUUUAAAAGCUGGGGAAGAAAAUAUAUUGAUACCGAGAAAAGAGAAGGAUGAAGUGAUUCCAAGUCUUCAUUAGGGACAAUUGAGAGAGUUGACAAUAUAGGAGGCUGGAUGGUUAAACAUUUGAAUUUUGGAUUUCAGUAGUUCCACCUGAUGACAAGUCCUGUGGUACAGUCAUGGCAGUGAGUGCCCGUCCUGGAGCAGAGAGGAUGGCUACUGGAGAUGAAAGCCAGAGCCCAAGAGGAUAAGCCUUUCAUUUAGAUGUUCAUGUGACUUCGGGUGAUGGCCAAAGUUGGAACCAAAGAUUUUCAUCAGUAAGGAGAGAGUAACACAAAGCAACAAGGAAGGAGAAAAAGUGGCAUGGCUACAUAAAAAGGAGGAGGGAUUAUCCGAGUAGGGGACAGACAGACCCUAAGCUCCUAACCAAGACAUAAAGGAAGUGUGGAAAAAUAAGCCAUCUUCACUUUAAAGUUUAAAGUAAGCAGCCUCUAGGAGGGAGAGGAUGCUAUGUCUCAGCUAAAGACAGCAAGAGCACACUAGAGAUCCAGAAUGUAGAAGAAUUUGUUCACAAAAGACUGGAAUUCCAGAGGCCAGUGGCAACAGACAAAGGAGGGUAGUACAGACCUUCACUGACAACUAAAGGUCCAGUUUGUGCAGCAAACAUGUAAAGUGGUUGUGUGGGGACAAAAAAGUUUCCUGAAGAAUUAAGCAAGAAUUUUCUGUUUGUACCUGAUCCAGUACCAGGUUAAAGAAGGGAAAAUGCCUAAAAAAAAGACUGGUGCAAGGAAGAAGGCAGAGAACCGCCGGGAACGUGAAAAACAGUUAAGAGCAUCAAGAAGCACCAUAGAUUUAGCUAAACAUCCAUGCAAUGCGUCAAUGGAAUGUGACAAGUGUCAGAGGCGGCAGAAGAAUAGAGCGUUCUGCUACUUUUGUAAUUCUGUACAGAAGGUACCAAUUUGUGCACAGUGUGGGAAAACAAAGUGCAUGAUGAAGUCUUCAGACUGUGUCAUAAAGCAUGCUGGUGUCUACAGUACUGGCCUUGCUGUGGUGGGUGCAAUAUGUGACUUCUGUGAAGCUUGGGUCUGUCAUGGGAGGAAAUGUCUCAGCACACACGCCUGUGCCUGCCCUCUUACCGAUGCUGAGUGUGUGGAAUGUGAACGGGGUGUGUGGGACCACGGAGGCAGAAUUUUCAGUUGUUCUUUUUGCCAUAACUUUCUUUGUGAAGAUGAUCAGUUUGAACAUCAAGCCAGCUGCCAGGUUUUAGAAGCGGAAACAUUUAAAUGCGUUUCAUGCAAUCGGCUUGGUCAACAUUCCUGUCUCCGUUGUAAGGCUUGUUUCUGUGAUGAUCAUACAAGGAGCAAGGUGUUUAAGCAAGAAAAAGGAAAACAGCCUCCCUGCCCUAAAUGUGGACAUGAAACUCAGGAAACUAAGGAUCUUAGCAUGUCAACACGCUCCCUGAAAUUUGGCAGGCAAACUGGAGGUGAAGAGGGAGAUGGAGCUUCUGGGUAUGAUGCCUAUUGGAAGAACCUUGCAUCUAAUAAGUAUGCUGGUGCUAGCUACCAUGAUGAGGAAGAAGAUGAGUACGAAGCAGAGGAUGAUGAAGAGGAAGAAGAUGAAGGUGGAAAAGAUUCAGAUGCUGAGUCAUCAGAUUUGUUUACUAAUUUGAAUUUGGGAAGGACCUAUGCCAGUGGCUAUGCUCACUAUGAGGAACAAGAGAACUAGGAGAGCUGCUUGCCCUUUGAUGACCUUGUCUCAGGAGCUGGGAUGUGUAUGCUUAAUGAACCAUGUGUGGAUGUUCAAAAGUAUGAUACACAUUGUUACUUAGCCUUGUGCAGAGACUAGUCACAUUUACUGGGACAAGGAGUAGGGCAUAGCUUAAUAGGAACUGAUAAUCAGGCUUCUAACCUAAGAAAAAUGAAUUUCAAAUGUAAUAUGAUUGAUUUAAGCAAUUGAAGCAUCAUGGGUUGGAUUUUUACUGAUUUCUGUAAUCUAGUAGGUUUUGCCAAUUAAAUACAUAUAUAGGAUAAAGGAAUAGGAUGAUAAUAUAUUUGUUUGAAAUGAAAUUGCUGUUUUUAUUAAAAAAGCUGCUUAUAAAAUCAUUUUGUCUGAUUUUGUAAAAUGUAAUGGGUAAAAUGAAUUAUUGUAUUUUUUCUUGUUUGUCCAUAGGAUAAAAGUCAGAUGUUAUAUGCUAAAUUUUCAUUAAAUAGUCAUGUUAUCUUAAGUCAUUAUAUGUAUGUUUCAGCCAUUGACUCAUUCAGUUCUUUCUUCACAGUGUGUGUCCUGAACAAUACCUGUUAUUUAUUUAAAUGUAUGGACAAAGGUGACCAUAUAGCCAUUUUUCAGAGACACAGAACCAGUAUUAUCACACAGCUGUUUUACCUAGCAAAUUUGAUUUCUCUUUGAAUAAAUCUAGUAUCUCACUUA